AUGCAUGAUGCCAGCAAUGAUUCUGAAGAAUGCCAUGAAGUCGAGAUUGAACAGUUUGAAACAGCUGAUCAGAUUCAGACACUCUGCCUCAUCAUCAAUUCCAUGGGCUGUUUCAGCCCCAUCCCGUGUUAUUGCGAAAUCACGGUAUGUUUUACCAGUCAGGUGCAACUUACUUUUGAUUUCUUCUGGUGCAUUCAACACGUAGUAGAAAAUGUGGUAGCUUCGCUCAUUUGGACCCAAUGA